AUGCUCGUAACCCAGGCGUUCCCCCAGACAAACAUAAAGAUCAGCCAAGCCAUGCCCGAGCCUGUCCAUGCCUACUCCUGCCCACUCUUCUGGACUGAGUACGAAGGCCAUUGCUACCGGUACUUCCCCAUCAACAAAACUUGGGCUGAAGCUGACCUCUAUUGCGCUGAGUUCUCCAUUGGCAUCAGAUCAGCCAAGCUGGCCUCCAUCCACAGCUGGGAAGAAAACGUCUUCGUGUAUGACCUGGUGAACAGCCGUGUGCCGGGCAUCCCCACCGACAUCUGGACGGGGCUUAACGACCUGCGGCAGGAGGGUCACUUCGAGUGGACGGACGGUUCCUCCUACGACUACCACUACUGGGAUGGCAGCCAGCCCGACGACGGGAUCCACUCCAUCCCGGAGGGGGAGGACUGUGUGCAGAUGUGGUACCGGCACAGCAGCGCACUGCGCUCCUGGAACGACAACACCUGCAGCAGAGCCUUCCCCUUCGUCUGCAAGAUCCCUUCGCUGGCCCUGGACUGAGGCUCCUGGCGCUGCCUGUGCCCACCU